GAAACCCCUGCACGGACAGGAACCACAUGUUCCUGGCUCCAGGAGUGCUGACUGCGGGCAGCAUGAACAGGGCUUGCAUCUCCCGGUUCUACACUGAGGGGCCAGCUCGCAUGACACUCACCUUACUGACAGAAGACAGGCAAACCAACUCAGCUUCUAGAGAACUUGCUGCAGGUGAUGGUGGAUGCCUGGAUAUCAACGUCCCCUUGCUACCCAAUUCUAAAGCAGACUUAGUCGUAAACAUCAGGUACCCUGAAGGUCAAUGCGUAUGGGAGCGUCGUGUUCCUCUCCGCAUCUCCAGCGGGCGCGUUGUGGUUCUCUCCACGGAGCGGGCGCGCUACCGGCCGGGCGAGACUGUGCGCCUGCGCAUUCUAGCCCUAAGACAGGACCUUGCGCCUUCCCAUGGAAACAUUGAGGAAGUCUGGCUGGAAGGUCCCCGGGGAGCGUGGGAAGGAUCUCGAGUGACACAAUGGCAGCGAGUGCGCACACGUCUUGGACUGGCGCAGCUUCACUACCAGCUGGAUGAACUGGCGCCCACUGGGAGGUGGACGCUCCGGGCUAGACUCUCUGAUGGAUCACAGGGUACAACAGCAUUUUGGGUGGGCAACUACGAGCUGCCUCCCUUCCAACUGAGCGUCCGCCAUGCUCCCAAAGUCUUACGAACCAGCGAGAGAUUAGUAUGGACUGUUUGUGUCAGAUACCCAUGGUCAGAAGCAGUGGAAGGUAUGCUGGUGAUCCGUCUCCGAGGAGCUGGGGGUGGUAGCGGUGGCAUACGGACUGCCGUCCAACUGAGAGCUCCCAAAGCUUGCCACAGACAUGCUGCAGCUGCUAAAAGAGUAGGACUAGACGGCACUGAUCCUCCUGAUGUUGUUGUUGCUGACUUCUCUUUCCAGGAGGAAGGCACGAGGAUCUGGCAAAACACGACAGUGGUCUCCCAAGUGGUGGACAAGCCGAUAUCUUUGGAGUUCCUGACCAAACAUCGAGCAGUUAUAUCUCCUGGACUACCGUACAGGCUAAAAGUGAAAGCAACACGUUGGGAUGACAAGCCAGCAGCCAAAGAGCUCAUCCGAGUUUGCCGACACCAAGCAAAUUUCCCUGACAAGCAGCAGCUGAUCAAGAAACGAGAGACCAUGUGUGCCGAGGGCGCCACUGACGAUAAUGGCAUAGCUAGGCUACUAUUCUCUGCAGGAGAAGAUGCUACUCCUUUUUAUAGAUUUGAGGCCCAGCUAUCAAACGACACGAGUAUUGUAGCAGCUCCGCUUACCCUCCCAGUGCGUCGUUCAUCCUCCGUCCACGCAGCCCUCGGCCCUCUGAAAGCAGAGUCACGGCAAGCUCGGACAUUCGUACCUCUGUACCUCAACACUAACAACACCUCUAAGCCUUUCACUGUACAUUUUGUGGUCAUAACGCGGGGAGGCAUCAUAUACCGAUGGGGAGCUACUACCCAAUGUCCAACUUCUAACUCUGGAGACCAGAUUCGCACAGCAGCGCGCAAUACGAAAUGCCCCGACCUUGUUCAACGUGACGUCGUCAUGACGCAACGCGACCAUUCAGAACCACAAACAAAUACCCUGACUAUCCAGGCCAACAACCAGAAAAGACAAUAUCGCAAUACUGGCCAACUUACUCCAAGAAACCCAAGGUUCCAAAUACCUGAACACCACCAAGAUGUGCUGAUGAAGGAUUCUUCGACCUUCAACAUCAGUACCGAUGUGUCUGAUGCUUUACUGGAUAGACAUCAGCUGAGGGUGAUGCUGCCAAUCAAAGUAUCUCACCAGAUGUGCCCUGAUAGUCAUUUAAUUGCUUACUUCUAUCACGAGGGAGAGCUCGUGAGUGCAAGCAAGCAUUUCGAGAUGGAGGAGUGUUUUAUCAACAAGGUGGAAGCAACGUGGCUCAACCGUCAAGCUCAACCAGGAUCAACAGUGACCCUUCAGAUUUCUACUCCUGGACCAGCUCUUUGUGCGCUCACAGUCCUAGAUACAGCAGCCAAAUGGACACAACCUCCUCAGCCACCAAAGGAACAACUCAUGAACUCACUGAGAAGGCUGAUUGACAGUCACAGGAACCUCACGGAGUUUGAUGCAGCUGGAGUCUGCUUCCUAAACUCAGAUACCCUUGAGCUUCCUUCGAGUAGCAUAGACCUCACAGCAUCAUGGCUGGCUGCAGCAGGCGUUCGACUGAUUGGAGGAGACGCGCCCAGCAGACAACAUUGCAUCCCUCGCCCACCAGCUUUACUGGUGGCUGAAGAGACGAAUGCUCCUAGAUCUGACUUCUCUGAGGCUUGGCUCUGGCGCCUGCUAGGUAUCGGCUCUAACGGCACUGGUGCUGCAACGGCACAUGCACCCGAUUCCAUCACCAAGUAUGAAGCCGGAGCCAUCUGCGUGUCACGGAAUGGAGUGGCCAUAUCACCACCAGCUGUUUUACAAGUUUUCCGAGAAUUCUUCAUCCACGCAGACAGUCCCAAGCGUCUACGCCGCGGAGACUCCACCAUCAUCCGAUACAGAAUCUUCAACUACCUGUAUGAGCCGCUUAGUGUCCAAAUUCAAAUACUGACAGAUCCCCACGUGGAAGGACCCAAAGAGCUGGUGGAGUCAGCUUGUGUGAAGGCCCGGUCUUCGAUCGCCCGUCGUGUAGAGAUUCGCGCACGAGUGGCUGCACCUGCACGAAUAAGUAUACGAGCUAAAGCCGUCAGUGAUGGGAACUGUGGAAAUGUCACCAGUGGAAGGACUGGAGUCAGUGACGAAGUGAUCAUCCGCAUUGCUGUCGAGCCUGAAGGAGUUCCUGUUCACGAACAAAAAUCAAUUCUUCUGUGUGGAAAUAAAACUUCCGAGGCAGGUCCCUCUGAAGUGUUAUGGACGUGGACUCCAGUGAAGGCUGUGCCCGGUACUGAGACAUUGACAAUGUGGGCAGUUGGUGACGUGACUGGACCUCUACUAGCUGAGGCAGAUUCCCUCCUGCAGAUACCCCGAGGCUGUGGAGAGCAGAAUAUGGCGCAGCUAGCCACGAACCUGUUGGCUUUGAAGCAACUAGACCCCACCUCCAUUGCCGCGGCCACCGCUAAGGAAUAUAUUGCUAGAGGAUUUACUCGGCAGCUCCAGUACGUUCACCCGUCGGGCGGAUUCAGUGCGUUCGGACCUUCUGAUGCCACUUCCUCAACUUGGCUCACAGCAUUCGUUGUUAAACACAUGCGACGAGCUCAUAAACUCUUAUGGCCAAAUCUGCAAGUGCCCACAGCAAUUAUUAGAGCGGAACGCUGGCUCCUAAACCAGCAGAUGGAGAAUGGAUGCUUCAGAAAUGAAGGACAAGUCUUCCAUAGAGAACUUAAAGGAGGCCUCAACGACGAAGGAGAGGUCGCGAACGUGGCCCUCACAGCCUACGUCAUAACUGCUCUCAUAGAGAGUGCUUCUCCAUUCCCUCACCGCGUUAUCCGAAACACCCUCUCCUGUCUCCGUGCUCUACCUCCUAUGAAGGCCAAAACUCCCACUAGAGUAUAUGCCAAUGCCCUUUUAGCCUACGCUUACAUGAAAUUGGAUCGUUAUGAAGAGGAACUAAGGUAUACUAAUGAGGCUAGCUUGAGGAGAAUGGUAGGAGGACUGGAGCAGGACGAAGGAAUAAAGCACGUACUGAAUCUGAUGAAGAUGGCCAAGAAAAAUGGAGAAUACGUGUGGUGGGAAACUAGCAGCCUAUCAACCUCAAUUGAGGCAACUUCGUACACGCUGUUGGCGCUGCAGACGGCGCGCGCGCUGCCCACCGCGGCGCGUGCGCUCGCCCCGCCCGCUGCACGCUGGCUCAACUCUCACCGCACCGCUAGUGGAGGGUUUAUAUCCACACAGGACACUCUAGUAGCCCUGGAAGCACUGUCGGUCUGGUCUUCUCAGACCGUGGAAACCAACCUCAAUGUGACAGCGCGCUGCAGCAGGCUGGACCAUCGAGCUACGCUGCAGCCAGGAGUCAAGAUACCUGAUGUCAUUAAAAUGAGACCAGGGGAACGGCUUACUGUAUCUGUAGAAGGAACGGGUUGCGCUCUGAUCCAGGCAACGAGAGCCUACCACGUGAUGUCCACUGAUACGACGCCGCGAGACAAACAGUUGUCAGUGCAAGUCUCUGUGCAUACUGAUGGACCCUUCGACUGUGACAACAAUGGUACCAGUUGCUACUGUGCUGCUGUUAUUGAAGCGUGCGUUCUAUGGACUGGCAGUUUCCCAGAGAUGGCUCUAAUGGAAGUCACCCUCCCCGGAGGCUUCGGAGCAGACGCACAGCUUCUUUACUCACAACUCGGCAAAACUUCUUCCUUACUUCGUCGCAUAGAGUUAACGCCAUCAAACUCCAGAGCGACCUUCUAUUUAGGAACACGCGACGGUAGUGACACGAGUGACCAUGUGGGACAUCAAUGCUACAAAAUUCACGCCACGGGGCCCAGGGUCAAGACACGACCAGCGUACGCCAGGGUCCAGGACUAUUACGUGCCAGCCAUCAAUGAUACACAGGUAUACACUAUACCCGAAGAAUGUCCACCACGCAUUGUACAUGAGGCUGACGAUUAUCGAACAUCAGACAACUUGUACUCCAAAGCAAGAGCCACUGACAGUGACGAUAUUGUCAUCACGCAUGAAUUCUCUUUUGAUGAUAUCCCAGAAGGCAUACCUCUUGAGGAUCCACUUCUCUAUGAUCACUUAACUGAGAACGAAAACUAUAGAACACCGGAAAAUCAACAGGAAGUUGCUAAAUUAGAAUUGAACAACAUGAACGCCCAAAACGACGGACCCAGUCAAAAAGUGGCAAACAUCCAUACACCACCUGAAAAUAUGAAAGCUUUGCAGCCGACAGAACAAGUUUACAGCAAUUUUGACAACGUUGUAAACGGAUAUUUCUGCGAAAACGAUGCGACAACAAUUUCUAACAUUAACGAUAUUAUUAACAAGGGUACGGGAAAAGCUAAUAAUUUCGCCAAUGCUGCGACUAGUGUUGUUAAACCCGGACAUCAUCAAUCAGUUAGUCCUCCUGUUAGCGCGCAGUAUACAUCAAAUGACCGUAACUUCGAUAAAGUUAUUAAUGAAAAUCUUCGCAGUGAUGAUAGUUUACCAAAUAAUGAAAAGACAGACAAUAUGGAAUCAUUUCUAGAAAAAAUUGAUGAUAUUACAAGAUUAAGUGAAGAAAUUGAUACAAUACACAGACAGUUUCAUUCAGGAGAAACUCAUGAUCACUUUGCUAAUAUUGUUAGAGGAAAUACUGAUGUAACUAAAACCACAGUUACAGCUAUGCACCAUACGCUUAGCACUUCUCCUGAUCAUAAGAUCAGUGAAAGUGCUACCAAUGAUACCACCAGUCGCAAUAUAGAAUUAGUUACAGGAUUAAAUGAAACAUUAAAUUACCAGAGUAAUUUAGAUAAAAAGUUAAUUGAGAGUUUAGCUUCAAAUAAGCCCAUGAACAAAGACAGUCAUACGAGUAACGAAAAUUUAAUGACACUGGAGAAUAGUGAAGGAGAUCAACAGAAUUCAGACGCAAUCGACAGUGAAAAUAUAACAACCGAACUUAAAAAUAAAGCAACAAAAGAUAAAAACCAUGAAUCACAACUGGAUACAAAGAACAAUUUAGUGCACGAAAUAGAUAAUUUGAAUAAAAUCGCACAUAGACAACUUGACGAAACACGAGCGAAAUUUGACGUGCAUCAAAUAGACUAUACACAAAUGUAUGCACUAAAUGCAGAUGUGGACUUUAUAAGCAACAAGAACUAUAACAAUGCUGUGGACAACUACUUCGAACAAGCUAACAGAGAUAAUGAAAUUAAAAGAUCUUUCAAAGAACACACACCUGACGUACAAAUGUCAGAGCAAAUGGUUUCUAAUAGUAACGAAUUUAAAGAUCAAAAUGAUAAAAUAAUAAAUAAUCCAAGUUUUACGGAUUUCCAUGUUAUAGAUACGGAUAAAGAUUUAGAGGUUCCACCGGGGAUUGAAGGGCCUGUGCCAGUUUCGGUGCUUCCACCUCCAGGCUUCGUAGCACCAGCUGGAGACUCACGGAGAAUGAAUUACCAGCGCAUACCAUUUGAAGAUCCUAAUCGUGCUGAAGUUUCACUGCCUCGCAAUUUCGGGAGACAGCAAAGCCAACGAAUAGACCCUAAAUUGUCUUUGGACAUGGAUUUACCAUUUGGACACGAUACGUCAGGAGGUUUUGAAUCGUUUCCAGCAUUCCACCAACCAUUAACAUUUCCCGGGUAUAGAAGAAUGCUCUCCCUGUAUCCAGGAUACUCUCAAUAUCCCAAAGAAAGAGUGUUAAGAUCAUCAAGAAUAAUGGGGAGCACAAAACGUAAGAUUCGAGAGAGGGAUUUGACGUCAAACGGACCGUACUUUUAUGUCAAACCGGAUGCGAUUGAGAAGUUUUUCAUACCUAUGCGUUAGUGUAUUUUUAAGUUUGUGUGUUUUAACUGAGUUUAUGCAUUUAUUCAGUGUUGUUAGGUGUCGAAGUGUGUAUACGUCUAAUUUGACUGAUUUUAGAUUCUAUUUUUAUGAAAUACAAAGGAUUUUGGUCUGUAUGUAACACAAUGUAAGAUCGUUUUUAAGAUAAUUUCUGUCGCAU